CGAAAUAAUUGUAAUUGCUUGAAGGAUGUGAGGUAUUUUACAAUAAACACAAAACACAAAUUUGCCGCCAUGAGAUUACUCUUUUUGUUGUUUUGUGUUACCACCGUUUGGGCUUUUCCAAAUUCAAAAGCAACAAGACCUGAUGUAAAAAUAAUUGGCGGAUCGGUGGCUAGAAGAGGUCAGUUUCCUUUUGCUGCAGCCAUAUAUACGUCCACUGCAGAUGGAAAUUAUUUCUGUGGUGGAACUCUUUUGAACGCACAAUGGGUACUAACUGCAGGUCAAUGCGUCAUUGGAGUGCACACUUUUAAUAUACAUCUGGGGGCAACAGCUUUAAAAGGAGAUGAUCCCUAUGCUGUGCAAGUUUCCUCAGACACUUAUGUUUUACAUCCGGAUUAUGACCCACAAACUUUAGCUAACGAUGUUGGGCUCAUUUGGCUUCGCCUGCCUGUUGCAUUUUCAGAUUAUUUAAAACCUAUUGACUAUCUACCAUCUAGUGAACUUGGAGAAUCAAGUUCGGCGAUGACACUUGGAUGGGGCCAAAUAUCAGACGAAGAAGAAGGAACUGUUAAUGACCUUCGGUGGGUGAACGUCACUUCUUUGUCAAACGCUGAGUGUAAAAUAACAUACGGGAAUCAAAUUUUGGACAGUAUGGUGUGUGUAGAUGGAAGUUACAAUGAAGGAACUUGCAAGGGUGAUAGUGGAGGUCCACUUGUACAGUUGAUUAGUCGCGGCCGUUACGUGGUUGUUGGUGUGUCUAGUUUUGUCAGUUGGAACGGAUGUGAAAGCACCGAUCCUUCAGGUUUUACAAGAAUAUUUCCAUAUAAUGAAUGGAUAAAAAAUGUUACGGGUAAAGCGUAAAAUGUGCAUUUGAAUGUAAAGAAAAAAUAAAAAAUUAAACAUAAACAUAA